UUUGCUCCUCCCCUUCCCUACCUCCCUGCAUUCUGAGUGGCUGAGAGGAAGAGGACCAGUUGGAGUCCGCAUCCGUGUGCACUGGCUGCUGCAGGGCCCAGCAAGCAGGUGGAGCUCAGCCUCCCACGGAGCAUUGGGCGGUGGACCGCAGUGACGCGGCCUGAGACAUGGCGGCCACGCGCCUCUGAGGCCGCAGAACCGGAGUCUCUUGCUGCGCGAGUUGCCCCUUGGCCAUGCAGCUUGGCUGCUGACUGCCGGGGCGCGUGGCCCGGAGGAUCCCGGCUGCGGUCAUCACCUUGCAGUCUCCAUGCUGCAGGGUGUAUUCCUCCCAUAUUCCAUGUAUUCCUCCUCAGUGCUUCCGGCCGUGUAGCUGCAGCUGCCGGCCGGGCCUCAGGGCGCUCUGCCUAUUCAUCAGGCACUUUUCUUUUCCAUUUUAAUUUUCAUUCCUAUUUGCUUCUCCUUUUCCCUUCUGCUUUGCGUCUAUCUCCACCACCCCGCUAUGGCCGCAGAAGAGGCGCUGAAGACUGUAGACCAAUAUAAGACUGAAAUAGAGAGACUGACCAAGGAGCUUACAGAAACGACCCAUGAGAAGAUCCAGGCUGCGGAGUAUGGGCUGGUGGUGCUGGAGGAGAAACUGACUCUCAAGCAACAGUAUGACGAGCUGGAGGCCGAGUAUGACGGCCUCAAACAAGAGCUGGAGCAGCUCAGAGAGGCAUUUGGGCAGUCCUUCUCUAUCCACCGUAAAGUAGCUGAGGAUGGAGAGACUCGGGAGGAAACACUUCUUCAGGAGUCUGCAUCUAAAGAAGCUUACUAUCUAAACAAGAUCUUGGAGAUGCAGAAUGAGUUGAAGCAGAGCCGGGCUGUGGUUACAAAUGUCCAGGCAGAAAAUGAGAGGCUCUCGGCCGUCGUACAGGAACUGAAAGAGAACAACGAGAUGGUGGAGCUACAGAGAAUACGAAUGAAAGAUGAAAUCCGAGAAUAUAAAUUCCGGGAGGCCCGACUCCUUCAGGACUAUACGGAAUUGGAAGAAGAAAAUAUCACAUUGCAGAAACUAGUGUCCACAUUGAAGCAGAACCAGGUUGAAUACGAAGGCUUAAAGCAUGAAAUUAAGCGAUUUGAAGAAGAAACAGUAUUACUGAAUAGCCAACUAGAAGAUGCCAUUCGACUGAAAGAGAUUGCAGAGCAUCAGUUGGAAGAAGCCCUUGAGACACUGAAGAAUGAAAGAGAGCAAAAGAACAACCUGAGGAAGGAGCUGUCCCAGUACAUCAACCUCAGUGAUAGCCACAUCAGCAUCUCAGUAGAUGGGCUCAAGUUUGCUGAGGAUGGAAGUGAGCCAAAUAACGAUGACAAGAUGAAUGGACAUAUCCAUGGGCCUCUUGGGAAACUGAAUGGAGACUAUCGUACUCCCACUACCAGGAAAGGAGAGUCCCUACACCCUGUGUCUGACUUAUUCAGUGAGUUGAACAUUUCAGAAAUACAGAAAUUGAAGCAGCAGCUUAUUCAGGUAGAGAGGGAAAAAGCUAUUCUUCUGGCCAACCUCCAGGAGUCACAAACCCAGCUAGAACACACCAAGGGGGCACUGACAGAGCAGCAUGAGCGAGUGCACCGGCUCACAGAACAUGUCAAUGCUAUGAGGGGCUUGCAAAACAGUAAAGAGAUCAAGGCUGAGCUAGAUUGUGAGAAGGGCCGGAACUCAGCGGAGGAAGCUCACGACUAUGAGGUGGACAUCAAUGGCUUAGAGAUCCUUGAGUGCAAAUAUAGAGUGGCCGUCACAGAAGUCAUUGAUUUGAAAGCAGAAAUUAAGGCCUUAAAGGAAAAAUAUAAUAAAUCUGUAGAAAAUUAUACAGAAGAAAAGACCAAAUAUGAGAGUAAGAUCCAAAUGUAUGACGAACAAGUGACAAACCUUGAGAAGACAUCUAAGGAGAGUGGUGAGAAGAUGGCGCACAUGGAGAAGGAGUUGCAAAAGAUGACUGGCAUAGCCAACGAAAAUCACAACACCCUCAAUACAGCCCAGGAUGAGUUGGUGACAUUUAGUGAGGAACUAGCCCAGCUUUACCACCAUGUGUGUCUAUGUAAUAAUGAAACUCCCAAUAGAGUCAUGUUGGACUACUAUAGACAAAGCAGAGUUACUCGAAGUGGCAGCCUCAAGGGGCCUGAUGAUCCCAGAGGGCUUUUAUCACCAAGAUUAUCCAGGAGGGGUGUGUCAUCCCCUGUAGAAUCAAGGACAUCAUCUGAACCAGUUUCAAAGGAAAAUACAGAGACUAGUAAAGAGCCAAGUCCAACUAAGACUCCCACAAUCUCUCCUGUUAUUACUGCCCCACCAUCAUCUCCAGUUUUGGAUACAAGUGAUAUUCGCAAAGAGCCAAUGAAUAUCUACAACCUCAAUGCCAUAAUCCGGGACCAAAUCAAGCAUCUGCAAAAAGCAGUGGACAGGUCCUUACAGCUGUCUCGUCAAAGAGCAGCAGCCCGAGAGUUGGCCCCCAUGAUUGAUAAGGACAAGGAAGCCUUAAUGGAAGAGAUUCUCAAAUUGAAGUCCUUGCUGAGCACCAAGCGGGAGCAGAUUGCAACACUGAGGGCAGUGUUGAAAGCCAAUAAGCAGACAGCUGAAGUGGCUUUAGCUAACCUGAAGAACAAAUAUGAAAACGAAAAGGCAAUGGUUACUGAAACAAUGACAAAACUGAGGAAUGAACUAAAGGCUUUGAAAGAAGAUGCUGCAACCUUCUCAUCCCUGAGAGCAAUGUUUGCAACAAGAUGCGAUGAAUAUGUCACACAGUUGGAUGAGAUGCAGAGACAGUUAGCAGCUGCAGAAGAUGAGAAGAAGACUCUAAACACUUUAUUGCGAAUGGCUAUCCAGCAAAAACUCGCCCUGACACAGAGGCUGGAGGACUUAGAGUUUGACCACGAGCAGUCCCGACGCAGCAAAGGCAAACUUGGAAAGAGCAAGAUCGGCAGCCCUAAAGUAAGUGGGGAGGCGCCAGACACCGUGCCUACCAUAGACACUUACCUCCUGCAUAGUCAGGGCCCACAGAUCCCUACCAUUCGGGUCAGCAGUGGCACUCAGAGGAAAAGACAAUUUUCACCUUCCCUUUGUGAUCAGAGUCGUCCCAGGACUUCAGGGGCUUCCUACCUACAGAAUUUAUUAAGAGUUCCCCCUGAUCCCACCUCCACAGAAUCAUUUCUUCUGAAGGGUUCCCCUUCCAUGAGUGAACUCAUCCAAGGGCAUCGGCUCAGCAAGGAAAAAAGGUUAACCGUGGCUCCACCAGAUUGUCAGCAGCCUGCUGCCUCCGUACCGCCACAGUGCUCACAACUAGCUGGGAGGCAAGACUACCCAACGGUCAGUCCGGACAUUGCCCUCAGUAAGGAACAGCCACAUUCCAGCUCACAGUGUGCACCUCUUCAUUGUCUCGCCAAGCCUCCUUACCCCUAGUCUUCAUCUCUCAUGGAUGAAUAUCUGGACUGAAGGUUUUUUAGUCACAGUGAGGGCACUGCUUAAGAUCUAGCGGGUGUUUUCUUCUUGGAUGUUAGAUGUACAUGUGGAUUCCAGUCCAUCAUUUUUGAAGAGUAAAGAGAGUUCAGAAGAAUAAAAUGAUGCAUAGACCUUCGUGUGAUCAAUUUCUGGUUUCUCUGAAUCACAGAUGACCUGCAAUCAAAUGGCAACAGUUCACUUGAAACUGAAAUGAAACAUGUAUUUCAGAUAGUUGGCUUCACCUCCAUAGCAUAAAAAAGAACCAAGACAAUGUAAAAUAGAUAUGCUGUAAAAUCAUCUUUCCCUAUACUCCAAAGUCAGCUAUAGAUGAUGAUUCUAAUAAUUUUCAUUGAAACUUACUUUAUAUUUUAUUUUCUGUAUGGUUUAUGUUUAUAAAGAUUAUUUCUGUAAGCAGAAUUCAUUUAUUUUUAAAGAGUCAUAGUUUACUUAGUUAUUUAAAGUUUUAAUUUAGUUUAAAAUCUGAAACCAGACAGAUUCUGGUCCUUUUUCUUGCAGAAAAUUACAAAUGAGGUGCAUCAGAAUGUUAACAAUAACUGUUUUGCUGCUACAUGAAUAUUCUUUAUGCAGUUAUUUUCUAAUCAGUAACUCAUUAAUUGUCAGUUAUUUUUUUAACUAGGUUUCUUCACUAAACAUUUAUUAAGUAAAUCUAAGAAAGAGGCAAAGCUAUGAUUCAUUGAUUUAAUCAAGUUUUGAGGGUAUCUUUAAUUUUUAAAAAUUGCAGUUGAGUAGAUAGAUAUAUUGGUGCUGCUCCUGUGUGUGUGUGUGUGUGUGUGUGUGUGUGUGUGUGGUCGUAUUAAAGAAGGACAAAUUACUUGAAGGAAAGAAAUGGUGUGCUUAUUUAAUGACCACAAAUUUUUUAAACUUUUCCAAAUUUAGGGUCUUACUAUGGGUUUCCCACUAAAAGGGAUCACAAUAAAUGCAAAAAUAUAUACAUAUAUAACUGUAAGGUAGCCUUGGAUAGUUAUUUUAUGCAGAAAGUGUAUGUUUUGUUGUUUGUUUUCUUUUUCCGCAAUGAAUCUUCCUUGCCAAAAAAAAAAAAAAAAUAGAUAGUAAACCUUAGCUCAUUGUCUACUUUUAACAAACACUCAGGUGCCUACAGUCAUAUUAUAUUGAGAUAAGACAUGUUCCUACUUAAUUUACAGAUUCUGCUGGGUAAUUUUAUGACUUUAUUUAAGGCAAUAGAAUUUCAUAGAAAAAUUUAGUUUUUGCAUUAUUGAGAAAACAAGGACAACAGCUGGUUGAGCUGUAAGGUCUAACUUGGAUUCCUCAGUUCUCAAGUGCUGCCCACAUAAUUGCGCCUAACCCUGACUCCUUGUCUUUGUCAGGUAGCCUUAACUUACAUAAAACCAUAAAGGUUUUAUUUUUUCAUGUAACAGUAUCUUUAACUUUUCUUCAAAACAGAACUAGUCCUCACUGUUAGCAAAAAGAUGACUAGUGUUGUAGGACACCAACAAUGGCGAUUUUAGAGCUACCCAUCUUGUGGAGGGAAAGAUGUGCAUGUUUAUGGAGUGACCUAAGGUCAGCUGUCAGCCACAAAGCACAUUACAGAAAUAUUUUUUGUUUGUUAUGUUCCUGUUGAGUACCAGUCAUAGUUACCAAAACAACCCAAAGAUUUUGUGUUCUUUAUCGGAUUAAUAAUAGAUCCUAUGGAACUUCUCAUCAAUCAGAAUCUCCACAUAGUUGUCCCACCUGUAUUACUUGGUUGUUCCUAUACAUUUUCCUCAUUUAUUGGUGUUAAGUCUACCUGGUGCCAAUCUUAGUGAGACAGUACAGAUUUUUGUCAGAGUUCAAUUAAAGACAACUUCCUCUGUUCUUUCUUUUCUUUUCCCCCUUUGCUAAGCGUGAUUCGAAACCCAAGAAGUGUCAGAAUUACUAAGUUAAUUUUGUACCUGAGGAAAUUAGUACCUCAAAGCAAGUUGUGUCUUUGGGCUGGGAACUCAACAGUGGAUCUCUUCUCUGUGUAACCACUGUUGACAUAGCUGCAUUGUGUUUGUGAAUAGAGUUGACUUCUUCCAAUAUGAAAUUUAUCACUGUCUGUUAUAAACUAUUUUAUUAUAGUUGUUUAUUUGAAUAUAGUGGAAAUUUUUGUUUUGAAAUAUUAAUUCUAUAAAAUAUUAAUUUUAACAACUUUAAUAAGAAGAUACAGAAAUUUUGAAACAAAUUUCUCAUUUUCAGCACAAAAGUAGGUAGUUAUUGCUAAGCAGUAAGAGACUAUCAUGUAUUUAUGUAGUAACAUCAUUUAGUGCAGUUUAAACUGAGCUGUAUUUAUUUUUAUUUAUUUACGGACCCUUUCAAUGAAUAAAUGUAGAGUGCUGAUAAAAAUGAGUACCUGUAAAGAUAAUAUCAGAAUGUAAAAAGUGAAAACUGGUGAAACAAAAAACCCAUGAAUCUCAAUAAGAGAAUUGAAGGUGCAUUUGAUAUUAAAAUAUAAAGUAAAGAAAUUCUACAAAUGCUAAUUGUUGUAGACACUUUGAACGAAGGUGAGAGGUGAUGUUUAAGAUCAGUUAUCAAAGUAACCAACUACUGUUAUAAAAUUUCAUUACAUUGUAGUGCGUGCAUGUGUGUGUGUGUGCUCACGCACAACUACUGUUAUACAUUUCAUUACAUUGUAGUGUGUGUAUGUGUGUGUGUACACGCGCGCACACACACACACACACUGUCCACAGCAUGUGUGGGAAAGUCAGAGGAAAACCUACAGAAGUUGCUUCUCUCCCACAACUGUAUGGAUGGAUCCCAGGGAUUGAACUAAGAUUAUCAGGCCUAGUGGAAAACAUCUUAACCUGCUGAGCCAUCUUAUUGGUUGCCACGGGUUUUUGUUUUUGUUUUUUGUUUUUUUAAUGUAAGCACAAUUACAAAGCUGAAUAGAUGAAUUAGUAUGCAAAAAAUGCUUUUUCACUAAGGAUUUUCAUUAAAACAUAAUAGUAAAAUAAAAAGAAGCAAUAAAUUGCUUUUGGCCUAAGUGCUUAGGAGCAUGAACAAAACUUUGGAUGUAUAAACCUUUUGCAUAUCUAAUUCUGGAUUUAAAAGAAGGGGGAGGAGGAAAAAUGAAUUUUGAAAACUUCUAGAGAAUAUAAAUCUAUAAAGGAAUGAAGAAAAGACUUAUUUGGAAAUUAUACUUUAUAUUUGCCUAAAGGAGAAGAGGUACAAUAAUGAAAUCCAACAAAAAGAACUUAACAAAUGACAGAGAGUAGCUACAGAGCCUAUAUGACUAAAUGAGAAGGGUUAAUAGUACCUAUAGGAAAGAGAUAUUUUAAAGUGGAAAAUUAAUCAUUGGAUAACUAUAAAGAUUUGUUUUUAAAAACUGAAAUGAUACUGGUAGUCUUGUGAGUAUAGACAAUUUACAAUAAUAUAUAAUCCUAGGAGUCCACAAUUCUAUGAUUCCUUUGUUUUAAAAUUUAAAAUAUAUUGAAUUUUUACUGAUUGGUCAUAGAAAAUUUUUACUUUUAAACUAGGAUAACAAUAUUAAUUUUCUAAGAUAUUUAUUAUUUUUAAGAGGAUUUCUUUAAAGGUAUCUGAAGUGUAGCAACUCCAUUUAAAGAAGCUUCGGUGUCAGAGUCUAAAAAACAAAUAUACCCAAGAAAACUUCAUAAAUACAGUGUAUGCAAUCUCAUAGAGGAGACAAAUACUUUUUAAAUUUUAUUCACACACAAAGAUCUUCUGUCCUUAACAUUUGCUUUAUCUAUGCUGUAGAACAUGUUCUUAUACAGAUAAGCCCUUCUCUAUUAGGUAAGCAUGAACAAUUGGUCUACUAAACUAGUUAAGAAUUUGGAUGUUCCCUCAUAUACUAUAUUGAAUGAAAUCCUCUCCAGUAACCAAGCACAGGUUACAAAUAAUUAUAUGAAUAAAUCAAAUAUAUUUUCUACUGUGAUAAAUGUCAACUUUUAUUGUAUAAUUCAGACAAAAGAUUUAAUCUUUCUUACAAAGAAAUCAGUGGGCAGGAGUAGGGAGUAACUCAGCCAUGGGGUGUUUGCUGAACCUGUGUGAGAGGAUAGCACCCACUGCACUGCAAAAUAAACAACAAAACAAACACUGAUAUUUCCCUGAAUAAAAUCCUGUUCAUUCAAUCCAAGGAUGUCACAAAUGAAUUAAUAUUGUACAUAUAAUGAAAUUUGUAAAACCCAUAAUGUUUAAAACUUUUGUUUUUAGUAAAUCAGAGUGAUUUAAAUAAUAGUGCAUUAAUGCUUCAAAAUUUAAAUAAAUUUCAAAUAAAGCAGAAAGCUACCGAAGUCAUGCUAGUCAGCAUGGCCAGU